AUGCGGCUCGUCGAGGGCGAGGACGAUGGUGAAGAACCUGCUGCCGCAGGCGCAACGCGUGUCGUCCCCGUGGAGAUACGGUGCUGGCUUACGAUGUCGCAGCUUGCUGACCUGAAGUCGCGCUUGGGCAUCGCGUGCGGCAAGGCUGUGGACCUGGCCGUUAGGCAAGGCUUCGCUGGCUCCGUGGCUGGGGAUGAUGCCCUGGGACUGCUGGAGCAGCUUUCAGGUUUCCCGCAGGCCACCCCAGGUCCGCGUAGCUGGCGUGGGCUUAAGAUUAGCUUACAUAGUUUUCCGCCGACGAAGGUCCCUACGCGUGCAAGGGAGAGCAUCGCGGACAUCCUAGGGGUGUCUGCCGUUGCUGCUACUGCUGGCAUGGACAAGCACAUGCACGAGUACCUCUACCAGUUGACUUCGGCACACUUGCGCUGCAAAGACACCCGCGGCCGCAGCGACUUGGCUCGCGAAGCGCCGCGUCGGGUGCUCGAGGAACGCGCCGAGACGGCGGAGCUCGUCGAUGUCCUUGUAGCUGAUCUCCUGCACGAUGUAGUCGCGGAUGUCGACGUUGCGGGCUCCCAUCGGGGCCUCCUUACGACCCCCUCCAUACGCCCGCAUGCGGCGGGGGAGCAGAUGACCCAAUUCCCCCAGCGUCAUCCCCUAGGAUAUGGAUCCCCCCGUAUCCUCCUCCUCCUUAACCUAGCCUAUAACGCCAGUGCUGUGGGGGGAAUGGAUGUUCAACAGGGGGAUAAUUUAAGGCCAGCGGCCGAAGCGAUGCGCGCGCCCGUACCCCAGCUUUGUUCGCUGCCUGAUCGGAGACGUCGCUUGGAAGAACUGCGUUUAGCCAAGCUGUGGGAUCGGGGUAAGCACUCCGAGGACAUCGAGGCACUAAGGGCCGCGGCAAACGGUGGCCAUCGGCUAGCCCAGUGCACGCUGGGAUCAAUGCACGAAACUGGGACGACUGAGGUGGUGCAAGACUGGGUGCAGAUGAUCGAAUUAUACACGGCAGCAGCAGAGCGGCGCGUGGAGGGUUUAGUCUUUUUUGGAGAGGGCGUGGCGGACGCCCAAUUCAGGUUGGGGAGAUGUUUUGCUGAGGGACGUGGUGUGCGGCGAGACAGGGAGAUGGCGACACUCUGGCUCUGGCGCGCGGCACGACAGAAACACGAACGCGCUACUCUAUACCUCGCAGAAUUCCAGCAACGAGCUCAUCCACUCUACUCUUUCAAAAAGUUCUUCAGUGUUUCCACUUGGGUUGAAAGGCAACCAAAGAAAACGGUAACGGCCAUUAACAACAACGUCAACGGCAAUAAAAAUGAUGAUCAGACCCAGAAUGAUCACAAUCAUAGUAUGAACAAUGAGGUUGGGAACUACAUAGACAACAAAAAUGACCAAAUUGCACAAGGCUCUUUAUCAGAGUGCGUUGCAAUCCAGAAGGCGGCAGGUGCGCAUGUGACUACUUUAGAAUUGGAGGCACGUGCUCAAGCGCGGGCCGAACGGCUCUGUCGACGAACAAAUGCAAUCAAGCUUCAAGAUCAACUCGUCGACGUGACGUUUCAUGACAGUACGCUAGGAUUAUCUCUGGUGCUGGCCACAGAGCAUUGCACCAAACGCAAAAUGAUCAUUGUAGCAGAGAUUCGAGCUGGUUCACCUGCGGACGGCCUCCUUGAAGUUCAGGACGAGCUUGUUGCCAUUGGGGAUGAUUUUGAGUUGCCAAAUCAUCUUCUUAUCUUUGAUGAAAUUGGCAAAUUCAUCUACCGCCAACCAAGGCCCUUGGUGCUCACAUUUGGACGAAUUCACAAACACCGACCUGCGCCCAUUGAAAGGCCCGCGGUCUACCUCGCACCCGACCAGCCCGACGGGCAUUAA